CUGAGCUUCCUGUACAUGGCUUCAAGGGGUGGUGGUAAUUCGAACCAGAUGAAAUGGUCCCAACCAAUGGAGAAGUUUUUCCUACAGCGUGUGCUUCAAAAGGUUAGGUCCAACAUACCGUUCCAGACGUAUGAUUGGGAGGACAUCGAUGCGGAGAUCCAACAACGAUUCGAUGUUUGCUGGGGCGUGAAUAGGCUAAAGCUCAAGCUAAAGAAGGACAAGAUGGCCUUCGAGAAAUUCACCGCCUUGAUUAACCGUACUGGUGCUGGUUGGGAUCCUUUGACACGCACCAUCAGCGCUGACGAUGAUUUUUGGAGGCCUUUCUGCCAGAGGGGAAGCGUGUUGAUGUACAAUGGCUUCAGGAAACAUGGGUUGCCACACUACGAAUUGCUUGAGGAGAUAUUUGGCAAGACUGCGGUGACAGGUGCUGUCAGACGGGCAUCAACCGAUUUGCCGCCCACCUCCUCCAAGGGACGUGGGAUCGAAAAACGCUUGCGCACUCCUUGUAUAGGCAGGAGCCGCGCACAGAUGAAUUUGGAGGAAGAGACUGACUCUUUAAGCACCCCCCUGGCUCACUAAUGCAUGGGGAACCCCCGUUACAGCCUGGUGAACGGGGAAAGGGGAAGAAAGACAGGAUGGAGAAGAUCGUUGGUGUGAUCGGUAAGAGCUUACGUUCGAAGACGGAUCCCUCCAGGCCCAGCUCCAAGAGGAGCAAGUCAGUGAUCAUCCCUGUGAAAAUCGAUGAAUUUAGUAAUCCAGCAUGCCUGACAGUACUGAAUGAGAUGCGACAAGAGGAGGGCGUCACAGAUCGUCAGUGGCUCGCGGCAAUGAAAUCUUUCAAGGAUCCUCAUAUUCGCGAGGGUUUCAUCAUGAUGCCUCCUAGCGUGAGGAGUCUUUGGUUGAACGAGGAAGCUGGGGAAUGAAUCGGUUUAGGGUCUUCUUAUGGGUUUUAAUUUUAUGUAACCAUUGACUGCACGUAUUUUAUUUGUGUGUGUUUUGGUUUGACUGUGCUUCUAUUGCCGGACUAUCGUAUAUGUGAAGUGAUAUGUCAUUGUGCGUCUUUCUAUUA